AGGAAUUUGAAAAGUUCAAAGCCUGUUUGAUCGAAGCGGCUAAAAGGAACAAGACGAAAUUGUAGGAUUGUAGUAGAAGCUCGAUUUUUACUGAAAAAUUCUUUUUUCUUCGAGCGUUAUAGAAAUUUAUAGAAAUGACGACUUUAUCGUUUGCCCAACAUUGCACGAUGGGUCUGGUGAUCCGAUGGCUUUUGAUUAUUUAUGCGAAUUACCACGAUCGUAAAUUUUCCGUGCCGUAUACCGAUGUCGAUUACAGAGUUUAUACGGACGCAUCGCGUAUGAUGGUGAACGGUGAUUCUCCUUACGAUCGUCACACGUAUCGUUACACACCCCUUCUAGCCAGCAUUCUAAUACCAAACAUCCUUCUCCACGGGGAUUUCGGUAAAGUUUUCUUUUCCUUUAUCGACAUCGUCGUGACGAUACUCACGAGAAACACAUUGUUAAACGGAUCGUGUAAAACGAGCAAUGCAGAAACGUACGCGUUAGCCUGGCUCUACAAUCCUCUAACGAUUGUCAUAACGACCCGUGGAAAUGCAGACUCUUUAGCAGUUUUGUUGGUCCUCUCGACUCUUUUUUUUCUGCGAAAAGAGAAUCCAAUAUUAGCUGGACUUUUGCACGGUCUCUCAAUACAUUUUCGACUGUAUCCAAUCGCUUUUAGUCUCUCCAUGUAUCUAUCGUUGAGAGAAAAAAAUCUUUUUUUCCCUAACGCCAAACAAGCCAAGCUCGUGGUUGCUUGUAUUUCAUCCCUUGUUUUUUUCACCUCGGUUAGUUAUUAUUUCUACGGCUACAAGUAUCUCUACGAGAGCAUGAUUUAUCAUCUCAUGAGAAAGGAUGCGAGACACAAUUUCUCCGUUUUUUUUUACGCGACCUACUUGUCUACCAGUCUUACGAUAAAUAUUUUCAAACGAAUAAUCACGUUUUUGCCUCAAUUACUCGUUCUCGUGGCAAUUUCGCUACGAUACUCCGACAGAAAACACCUCCCCUUCGCCAUCUUCACCCAAGCCAUCGUUAUGGUCGCUUACAAUCCGGUCAUGACGUCGCAAUACUUUUUUUGGUUUUUGUCUUUAUUGCCGGUGUGUUUGCCCGACAUAAGAAUGUCGGUUAAGAGGUGGCUCGCUUCAACGACUUUUUGGCUAAUUGCACAAGGUAUUUGGCUAUUCGAUGCUUAUUUGCUCGAAUUCCAGGGCCUUAACACCUUCCAUCGUAUUUGGCUCGAUGGAAUUUUAUUUUUCAUCGUUAACCUCAAAAUUCUUUACGAUAUGAUUAAAUAUUACGAGCGUUGAUUAUCGGCCAUAAUUAAUCAGUCAUUAGUCCCUCAAUCGUUAUAAGGUAGUUGGUAAAACUUUGUUUUCUUUGGUACAUUGAAAUUGGUGUCACUCACCUGUGCGCCGUUUGUUUCAUGUUUACACGAAAAUCAAAUAAAUAAAAUUUAUCAAUUUA